AAUGGCUGUAACAAGCGCCAUGUUUCUUUUUGAGGUUGUGGUGGAAAGUGUUAAAAGUUUGGUUGAAAGUCGACAUUUGAUCAUCAGAAGUGAUUUUGGUGAUAUAUUCUCAUUGGAACUAAAAGAUCCAAAACAAAUGCAUAUAGUCAUACCAGAACCACCUCCAUUACCACCAGACCCGCCGGGAAAGAAGGGCAAAAAAGCACCGAAGCCAAAAAAGGGCAAAAAGGGAAAAGAAGAAGAACCACCUCCGGAACCAGUCAUACAGUCCGGUCAGUCCGUUUUAUUUUCAAGUACUGCAGAAUUCUUAAUACAAAACAUGAGAAAAAUCCCAUUAGAGUUGGCUUUGUGGAGUAAAGAAGACAAUCUCACUUAUAUUGGUUCCUGUCAAAUUCCUUGGGAUGCUGCUUUUUAUACUUAUUUAGAAAAAAUAUGCAACUUUGAAGAAUCUCAACCAGUUACGGUAAAUGACGAAUACAACAUAUUUGAAGAAGGUACCGCAAAGUUAAUGGCGAAGUUAGGAAUCCAAGUUAAACUAACUUAUUUGACAGAUAGAGUAACAACAGCUUUUCGUACACUUUCAGAAGAUCCAUCUGUAAAAAAAGUUUUGUACACCGGAAUUAAUUCUAAAACAACAUCAUAUAUAUGUACAAUGAAAACCACUGAAGAAGUGUUUGUAGAAAAUUGUAACAAAAUCGAAAAUAAUUUUGUAAAAGAUAAACCCAAGUCAAAUAAAAUUGCUUUUGCUGAUUACAAAAAUGCUCCAGGAGCGAAUCUUACAUUCUUUAAUGAAGGUGAUUAUUGUUGUAUGAAUAACGCUGACAAACCACCAGAGUCGAUAUAUAAAGCACCGCAAACGUGCCCUGACAUAGAUCAUAUCAUUGAUUACGUUAGAAAAAUUAUAGUAUCUUGCAAUGACAACAUGAGAAUGUUAACACCACGUCCGACGAUACGGCCUAGAAUUAAAGCUACUGAUAUUGACAGGCUAUGUUAUUGUAAAGAAACAAAUUGGCCGGAAGGAUCAUUUGCUGAACGAUUUAAGAAUACGGCCCAGUCUGAACCUUGUCCAAUGUGCAAUCAGUUAGGAAAGAAAACGGAUGAUACACGUGAUAAAACAUUCGAUAUUGCUAACAUAAGGGGUCCUUGCGGUAGAGCGGAUUGUAGAAUAGCGAGGGAUAUGAGAGCUUAUAUUGAAAAUCUGAUUGACGAAGAUAAUAAAGAAGUUGAUAUCAGUAACAUAAUUGGUCCCUGCGGAAGUAAGGAAUGUAGAAUAGCUGAAAAAAUUCAAGAAUUUCUUCGUCACGAUGGCGUUUUUAAAGAAGGCUCUACGUUAGAAGGAUUAUCUACACAAUGUGGUUGUGUAAAGCAAAUGCAAGAUGCUCUUACGAAAAAGGAAUCUUGCCAUUCUUCUUGCUAUAAAAACUGUGCUGAAAGUGAUAGCGAAAACAGCAAAUGCGAAGGAAAGGCAUGUCCUUUUACCACUGCACCUGAAAAGAAACCAACUUACAAUGUAUACUAUUUUACAGUUGAACAUGAUUUUAACAAGGAAAAUACUGGAACGUCAUCUCCUAGUGGUACAGACAAAUCAUCAAAAUAUCGAUAUUGUUCCACAGAAUGUCCAAGCAUGAAACCUUCUGAAAAAACAACGUCUUGUUCUAAAAGCACUUGUUCUAACUUAACAGACAAAUUAUGUAAAGAGGUGAUUAAUGAAGAUUUAGGCUGUCACGAACUAGUUUGCCCUAAAUUAGAUAAAUAUCCCCCUAGUCCAGCAGAUAGUGAUAUUGUAAUCAAUUUUGAUGAAAUAUACAACCCCUGUUGUGUAAAAUCUUGUGACGUCGCUGAAAAAGUAAAAGACUUCAUAGUCGAUGGCAUUUCAAAUCAGAAAAAUAGAACGACUGCUGAUGAUGAUCCAUGUUAUUGCGAUUGUAUAUGCUCGUUUAAGCUUUCUAAGAAUACGACAUAUUGUGCAGUUUGUGGCGGCUAUGAAUGUUUAGGAGAAGACGUCAAAGUAAUGCCUGAAUACGCAAAGCCACACCCUUGCCCUGUAUAUCAUAAGUUGUACGAUAAAAAAUAUAUCAAAGUUCAGAGUCCAUGGCCAGAAGAGCAGGAGAAUAAAGUACCCCCUGAUACCAUAAGUAAUAAAAGCUCACGAAUUACUGGUUCGAAGCUUGGUCAUGCUGAUCAGAGAAGACUUACUGUUACGCGCUCAAUGAAGAGUUUUUCUGAUAAGAAAAUAGAUAGUAAAAAAGAUAAGAAUGAAAAUAAAAUUGUUAAAAAGCCAAAAGAAGAAAAGAAGAAGAUCGGUAAAUUCACAGCAAAUGUAGAAGAAACACCAUUUCCAGUCGCGGAAAGUAAACAGGAAACAAAAUAUCCAUAUCCGCCAGUACCUAAGCAUAUGGGUUGGAAUUGGACGGCGGAAGAUAUUCCAGGAAUGAAGCCUCGACCUAAAUGGAAGCCAGGCGCAGCAAAUAAAAUUUUAGUUAGACGAUACAGAGCUAUAAGAGAAGGCGUCGACAUUAUAGCUAAAAAGAAGAGAGCAAUGAUGCAAAGAAAAAAGAAAAUAGAAAUGAAACCAACGUUAGUAGUUAAAAAGCAAAACGGUGAAUACUCAGUUCAAAUGGAAGUAUUUAAGAAAUACUCAAAUGAACGACUCCUAUUUCAAUAUCCUUACGAUGAAAAACCACCACUAGUUUACACGAUCGGAAAGACCGAGGAAGAAAAACGGAAGAUUCAAAUGCAACGUGAGCGAAGAGAACGCAGAGAAACGAGAAGAAAAAGUCGCUUAUUGCAGUCGACUUUUCGAGACCGAUGUCAAGAAAUAUGUUUGAAAGCUUAUAAUCAAGCUAUAGGCUUAUUACCUUUAUCUAACCCUAAUGAUCCUGAUUGUCCUUGUCAUACUGAAGCCGUUCAAAAUAUAAGCCCACCCAUUGAUUCUUGUUCAUGUUCUGAUGAAGGGUCUAUAUCCAGUAGCGACACAGAUAACGAUGAAUGGACUAUAGAGUUUACUCCACCUGCAGCUCGAUGGGAUAUUAAGGCUAAGCAUCCACCUGUUAUUGUGGAAAAUGAAUGUCAAUAUAACUAUUUAGACUAUAAGGUAAAACUGCUCGACAAACAUGGAAAUCCAGUUCCGAGAUUCUUUAAAGGUCCUGAUGGUAAACAGGAAUGUAGUGAUCUAGGAGGAUUUUGGAGUCCAGACCACGUUUGGAUGGAAAUAAACAAGGACGGUUAUAUAGGACCUGACAAUCGGUGGACACCAAUGAAUUUUAUUGGUCCCGAUGGUAUGUAUUACUCGGCUGAGGAAGGUUUCUUCACAGACAAUACUGGUGCAGUUUUAAAAAUCGGAAUCGAUGGGUACAUUGAUAAAGAAGGAAAAUGGGCUUGGUACUCAAAGAAAAGAAGUCGAAGUCCAAAAUCAAAGUCAACCAUAACAGCUACCACAAAUGAAACUAGGACUGGAAGAGUUUCAGCAAAAGUUGAAAAGUCAGCCAAAGAAAGAGAUAACAAACGUAAACAAACAACAAUUAAAGGAAAAGGAGAUAAAUCUCCACAAUCUAAUGUAAAUAAAGCCGGGUCCGAUAAGUCGAAAUUAAAAAAAGCAGUUUCAUACUCAUCGAGCAAAGCUAAGUACCCUUUGGUCAUGAGCGUAUCGGUGAAUCAUGAAAAAUGUAAAUAUUCUCAAUCGCCAUGGAUUAAAAGUUCAAUGGAAGCAAAGAAAAUUGCCAAAUAUAACGAAAUAAUGAAUGAACUACAAAUGCACGAUAUGCCAGAGCUUAAUAGUCCAGUUAAAAUAAAUCGAGCCUCGAAUACGCACGCUUUUAUCACAUUACAAAAUUUGAGGAAAGCAUAUAAAAAGAGCCCUAUUCGAUCUGGUAACAGAAGUCAUCAAUCCCGCUUGGAGGCUUUAGCAUAUUAAUAUUAUUUUUUAUAAAUUAUAUUGAAAAUAUAUAUUAAA